AGCUAAAUAAAUUUAUUGCAAUCACAUAAUGCAUAGCAUAAACGUGAGCUGAGAAAACCUCAGAUUUAUUCGCACCUGGUCACACUACAAAAUCCAAAAUACAAAAAAGUUAAUUUUUAUUUUCUUAAUCCAACAAAGAAACGUAACAAUUAGUCAAAGAAAAUGAUGUUGAACAAAUACGAAAUCUAUCAACGCACAAACAACAUGUUCCAACAACAACAAUUACAGCUCCAACAGCAACAACAACAUUUACAACAACAGCAUCAGCAGCAGCAACAGGCAUCGCAGCAAGCAUCGCUGCAGCUCUCCCACUCGCACCCGCACGCCAUAUCCUAUCUGGAUAGCGCUGCCAGCAGCAACGCCGGCAGCACUGCAGCAGAACUGGCCGCCAUGUUGGCCGCCAGCAAAGCGGAAAGGGAGUCCAUACAUUCGGGUCAAUUUAUGGUCUCACACUUUGAGGCCGAAGAGGCGCAAGAUGAUCUAGAGGAUGAUGGCGAGGUGAAGAUGUUGGAUCCCGAGGAUCCGAGUCUUGAUAAACCUGGCGCCGCGGCUAAUACCUGCCGCGAUGUGCAGCUAUAUGUGCCCCAGAAAGUGGCACAGUUUCCACGCAUGGAUCUGGAUCGCGAAUGCGAUGAUAAUAGCAUGGGCAUGAGCAUCACAUCCCACCUGGAGAUCGAGACGUCGCUGACCAAGCUAUUCAAAUGCAUGAAUCUGGCCUAUAGCCAAAAACUUACAUCUCCCAAAUGGAAUCAUUUUAAGGGCGUUCGUUUGCGUUGGAAGGAUAAAAUACGACUUAACAAUGUCAUCUGGCGUUGUUGGCAUAUGCAAUUUAUACAAAAGCGCAGAACACCGGUGUGUCAAUUCGCAUCGCCGCUGGACGUUGACAUACAUAGUAAUCCCCAAACCGUUGUGCUUGAGGGAAAAUAUUGGAAACGUCAUGCAGCUGUUAUCAAAGCCGAAUAUAGAAAAUGGCGCAAAAAUUAUAAAUCAAAAGCAACUGGCUGCUUGACUUAUGAUUCGAAAAGUGAAUUGGACUUUUUGGAAUGGUCUCCGCUGAACGAUAGAAACUUAAUGCCAGAGGACUGGACAACGGACACAUUGUUCUCGGCAAUAAAUGGACCAUUUCCAUUUCCAGAUUCCAGAGAGAUCGCACGCGGUGCAGGCAUUGCGGAUUUUAUACAGCCAAGUCUGGGGCCAUUGCAACCGAAUUUAGAUGAUAUCGAUCUUACCCUGUCAGAUUUGCUCACCACAACCGGCUCACGCUUGCCACCCGUGCCCGAGGAGGGCACUGAUGCGGAGAUGCUCAAGAACGACGACUAUUGCCUGCAGGCGAUCGUAGGUGCUCCGCACACGCUCUACAGCAACGACAACAUGAUGGAGGUGGUGGCCAGCAGCAGCGGCGGCGGCAGUGCUCAAGUGGAUGCCAAUAUGCUGGAGCUGAACACGCCCAUUGGCAACAUGCCCUACGGCGACAUCGAGCAACAGUUUGUGACAGCGCGUCAGCAGGCUGUAAGCGAUGCGCAGCAGCAACAUUUGCUGAACGAUAGUCAGUCGACGCGUCUGCAUGCGGGCAAGCACUUUGGCCCCAUCGGCGGCAGUGAUAGCAGCAGUCGUUGCUCCCCCAACGACAGUUUCUCCAGCAAGAGCGUCAUUAACGGGCGCAUCGCCAAGAAUACGCAGCGUCUCAUACGACGCGAGCCGCACAACUAUGAUAAGGCGCAGCCGACGCUGCAUCAGACGACAAUCUAUCAACAGAUGCUCGCCGAGCAGCAAAAGAAUCAACAGCAGCAGCAGCAGCAGCAGCAACAGCAACAACAACAGCAGCAGCAGCAACAGCACCUGAGUGGUGGUGCUGUAUUGCAGCCGUUUCAGACACCCCAAGAGCAGCAGCAGCAACAGCAACAGCAACUGUUGCAGCAACAACAACAGCAGCAGCAGCCGCGCUUGCUUUUUCCCACACAGCAGCAGCAGCAGCAACAAAGCGCUUACAAUACGCAAAGUUUCUUAAGUACCUAUGCAGACAGUUAUCAGCACCAACAGCAGCAGCAACAAUUGCCCACACAGCAGCAGCAGCAGCAGCUCAGCGUCAAGGUGGAGCCACAUCAAACAGAUGUUAUGUCUUUGCUGAACGACAGCUCCUAUAACUCCAUUAGCUACAAGCCGUAUCCGCAGUUUAAGAAGUCCGCAUCCACGGGUACGUUUCUGAACGUGCCACGGGUCUCCCAGCAGCAGCAGCAACAGUCGCAACAGCAAACCUACAUGCAACAGGACCAACAGCAGCAGCAAUUGCAGAUGCAACACUCGCUGCCUUUGAGCCUGGGUCUAAGCCCGCAACAGUACAUGCAGCUGACGCGCCAGCAACAGGCAGCCAACACACAGCAGCAGCAGCAGCAGCAGCAGCAGCAACAACAACAACAGCAGCAGCAGCAGCUGCAACAGCAAACUGUCUCCAGUCUGCUGCUGCAACAGCAACCCGCUGUAAGCGUCGCCUCCUGGGCCACGCCCAAUCAAACCACCCUCUUGCCCAAGGAGAUGCAUCGCUCCAAUAGCUUGCCGCUGAAUGUGUCGCUGCCCAAGCCCAUUCACCACGAGCAGCAGCAGCAGCAACAACAGCAACAGUUCAUUGUGCCCAAGUAUCAUGUGAAGGGUAAAUCGCGUGUGCGCAGCAAUUCGAUGCAUCAACAGCAUACGGUUGUCGCUGCCGGCGGUGGCUCACCAGUCAACAAUGGACUCGCCAGCAGCAGCAGCAACAGCAGCAGCAGCAACUUGCUAAUCACACAGCAGAUGCAACAGGCCACCAGCGAUCCAAUGCUCAACAGCACACUCGCCCAGCUGCUGACCUCAAAUACACGCUUGCAGGCAGCCGUGGCCAGCAAAACGCAACAGUCGAAUUCUUCCGCCAAUGCCAUAGUCAGCAACAGCAACAUCAGCAGCAACAGCAACAUCAGCAGCAACAACAACAACCAGCAGCAGCAGCAGCAACAGCAGCAAACGCUAUAUGUGAACAAUGCAGCAACAUCGCCGAUGUCUGUGCCGGUGCCAGCGCAACAACAUUCACCAAAGAAAUCCGCCUCGUUGCCGCUGUCGAUUGCUGCGCCGGCACUGCACAGUCCGCCCAUGGGGAAGAUGCUCAGCUUUGGUGGCCAGGGUGGCAAUAGUCUGGGUAGUAACUUGAGCCUGUCGCCGGACUCGCCGUUCCACGAUUCGCAGGACUCGCCGCUGUCGCCGACGACCAGCUUGAAGUAUCAGCCGCGCGAUACGCAACGUCGCGCUGGCCACAUUCAUGCCGAGCAGAAGCGUCGCUAUAACAUCAAGAAUGGCUUCGAUACACUGCACUCGCUCAUCCCGCAACUGCAGCAGAAUCCCAAUGCCAAGCUGAGCAAGGCGGCGAUGCUGCAGAAGGGCGCCGAUCACAUCAAACAGCUGCGACAGGAGCGCAAUGUGCUCAAGGAUAAAAUCGAAGCGUUGCGCAUGGAGCGCGAUGCACUAAAUAACUCCCUGAUGCAUCUGCACUCGGUGCUGCCGGCGAAUGGAGCGCCUGUGACACGCCAGGGCACGGAGCAUGUGCGUCAGCUAUAUGAGGUCUAUGUGCGAUACAAUACAAUGAACGAUUGGAAGUUUUGGAUUCUGGGUCUCAUUCUGGAACCUUUGUUGGCCUCUUACACCUCGACCGUUUCCAGCGCCAGUUUGGAUGAGCUGCGGCGCACCGCUUUCCUCUGGGUGGAUCAGCACUGUUCGCUCAUAGAUCUGCGACCUGCUGUUACGAACAAAUUAAAGUACCUAUCGAUGCACACAGAUAUUGUGUCGGAUCCACCCAGUACCUUGCAGGAGGAAGUGGCGAAGGCUCUGCAGAAUACCAGCGGCCAGCAUCCCAAUCUCCAUGGCUCCUAACCGUUGUUGCUGCUCGUGAUAUGAAUUUAACCCUAUUGCUACAACAAAUCCAAUGUCAAUGCAAAAUGUUCGCCCUGCUGGGGGCAGCCACGUUCCACAGUCAGCAGCUAAAAAUUGUACAAAUUGCCUCGUGCUGGGGCAGAUUCAUUGUAUAUGUGUGUGCAUGUGUGCAUGCAACAGAUGCACCAUCAGCCAUCAGCCACCAGCAGAUGUAGAUGCAGCCUCAGCUGCAACCACAGUUGGCGUGUAGUGCCUACAAUUCUAUGACUUAAGUGUAAAAUAAACGAUUUUACAAUUUUUU